AUGACCAACAGUGGCACGACCAACAGUGGCACGACCAACAGUGGCACGACCAACAGUGGCACGACCAACAGUGGCAUGACCAACAGUGGCAUGACCAACAGUGGCACGACCAACAGUGGCACGACCAACAGUGGCACGACCAACAGUGGCACGACCAACAGUGGCACGACUAACAGUGGCACGACCAACAGUGGCACGACCAACAGUGGCACGACCAACAGUGGCAUGACCAACAGUGGCAUGACCAACAGUGGCAUGACCAACAGUGGCAUGACCAACAGUGUCACGACCAACAGUGGCAUGACCAACAGAUUCAUGACCAACAGUGGCACGACCAACAGUGGCACGACCAACAGUGGCACGACCAACAGUGGCACGACCAACAGUGGCACAACCAACAGUGGCAUGACUAACAGUGGCAUGACCAACAGUGGCAUGACCAACAGUGGCACGACCAACAGUGGCACGACCAACAGUGGCACGACCAACAGUGGCAUGACCAACAGUGGCAUGACCAACAGUGGCACGACCAACAGUGGCACGACCAACAGUGACACGACCAACAGAUUCAUGACCAACAGUGGCAUGACCAACAGUGGCACGACCAACAGUGGCACGACCAACAGUGACACGACCAACAGAUUCAUGACCAACAGUGGCACGACCAACAGUGUCAUUACCAACAGUGGCAUGACCAACAGUGGCACGACCAACAGUGGCACGACCAACAGUGACACGACCAACAGAUUCAUGACCAACAGUGGCAUGACCAACAGUGGCACGACCAACAGUGACACGACCAACAGUGGCACGACCAACAGUGGCACGACCAACAGUAGGAACAUUGACAAUGAAAAAUAA